CUCUCACUGAUCAUAGAGAGAGAGAGAGUUUGAUCUUCCACAGCACAAGACACAAAGCCAGCGAGGGUGAAGAAGAAAGCACAACCACAGCAGCAAAGCUAGCAAACAUGCCACCAACAUUGCCCAAUUUCUCCAAUUCAGUGAAGCUAAAGUAUGUAAAAAGAGGCUACCAGUACCUAAUCAAUCACCUUCUAACCUUCCUUCUCAUCCCUUUCAUGGCUAUGAUCCUUCUUGAAAUCCUCCGAAUUGGCCCAGUUGAGAUCCUCAAACUCUUAUCCUCUCUCCAAUUCCACCAAUUCCAAGUCCUCUGUUCACUCUUCCUCAUCAUCUUCAUCUUCACCAUCUACUUCAUAUCAAAGCCUCGUUCCAUUUACCUUCUCGACUACUCUUGUUUCAAACCACCUACCAUCUACCGUGUCCCUUUUGCAACUUUCGUCGAACACGCAAAAAUCGUUCUCAAAGAUAACCCCAAAAGCAUCGAAUUCCAAAUGCGGAUCCUCGGACGAUCCGGACUCGGUGAGGAAACGUGUCUCCCACCCACUAUCCAUUUUAUCCCUCCAAAUCCAACCAUGGAAGCUGCAAGAGAUGAAGCUGAGUUAGUCAUCUUCUCUGCUAUUGAUAAUCUCUUCAAUAAGACCGGAAUUAAGGCGAGGAACAUCGAUAUACUCGUCGUGAAUUGCAGUUUGUUUUCGCCUACGCCAUCGUUAUCAGCCAUGGUGAUGAAUAAGUAUAAGAUGAGAAGCAACAUUAGGAGCUUCAAUUUAUCUGGAAUGGGUUGCAGUGCUGGACUUUUGUCUAUUGAUCUUGCUCGUGAUCUUCUUCAGGUUCACCCAAAUUCUUAUGCUUUGGUGGUGAGCACUGAGAUCAUAACCCCUAGUUCUUACAAAGGGAAUAACAGAGCUAUGCUUCUCCCCAAUUGUUUGUUUCGUAUGGGGAGCGCUGCGAUCCUUCUCUCGAACCAUAGGAAGGAUUCCUGGUGUGCCAAGUACCGGCUCGUCCACUUGAUCCGAACCCACAAGGGAUCCGAGGACAAGGCUUACCGGUGUGUGUUCCAAGAGGAGGAUCCACAGGGUCACGUUGGGAUCUCACUAUCUAAGGAUCUCAUGGAGAUUGCCGGAGAAGCACUAAAGUCGAACAUCAGGACAUUGGGGCCGUUGGUGUUGCCGGCAACGGAGCAACUAUUAUUCCUCUUCACACUCAUCGGAAAAAAGCUGUUUAACCCAAAAUGGAAGCCUUAUAUACCUGAUUUCAAGCUAGCAUUUGAGCACUUCUGUAUCCAUGCCGGAGGGAGAGCUGUGAUUGAUGAGUUGCAGAAGAACUUGCAGUUGUCGGCGGAACAUGUUGAGGCGUCGAGAAUGGCGUUACAUCGGUUUGGGAACACAUCUUCUUCUUCUCUUUGGUAUGAGUUGGCUUAUAUUGAAGCUAAGGGGAGGAUGAAGAAGGGUGAUAGGGUUUGGCAGAUCGCGUUUGGAAGUGGGUUUAAGUGUAACAGUGCUGUUUGGAAGUGCAAUCGCACCAUUAAAGUGUCUACCGAUGGUCCAUGGAUUGAUUGCAUAGAUAGGUACCCUGUGCACAUCCCUGAAAUUGUCAAGCUAUAGUGUUGGAUCAAUUCUUCUCCAAGAACUCC